AUGGCGGCUCUUUCGACGCCCUUAAAGCUGACUGCAGCCUUCGCCGUGGCUACCGGUCUCAUGAACCUCGUUGCAGGUGUCGGCUGGCUAAAGAUCAUCACGGGCGUUCCUCUCCCUGUACAAAGCCGUGCCGCAGUCUUCGCCGAUAGUCAGCUACGUUUCUUCGGCGCCAUCUGGGCUGGCUACGGUGCCAUGUUGUGGUGGGCAAGCAACGACGUACGCGGACGGCGCGUGCCGUUGGCAAUCCUGGCAUGCACCAUGGCCGUCUCUGGGCUCGGUAGGACCAUCUCGGGCAUCGUGCAUGGAUUCAGCUCACCCUUCACUGCGACAUUCCCGGCCAUCGAGCUACUGGCGCCUUCAGCUCUCUGGUAUUUCAGUUGA